CUCACCCAAUACGCCCUCUAGCCACGCCCACCCACUCCCUCCUCGCGCCGCCGCCAGCUCUUCUGUAUAGGCCGGCCGGCCUGUUUCAAGGCGAGGGCCUGGCUCGUGCGGCUCUCGCGCCGCCCUGGCUCCUCCCCUUUCCCCGCCUCCCUUUCCGCCAGGCCGGCCGCCCUGCUCUCUCAGAGGCUUAAGCCUGCUUUGGGUUCCUUCCUCAGUGGGUGUCAGCCUAGGCCUCGCCGGGCCCCGCCCCUCCUCCUCCUCCACCCCCGGCGCCCUCUCUCUCCUCUCGCCCCCUCCCUCUUCCAGCUCCCAGUUGUCAAUCAGGCGCUGGCGCUGAGGCCAGGCGGCGACGGCGGGAGGAGAGACGGGCACCUACGCCACAGCCCAGCGGCGGCCAUUCGUGGAAAAAUAGGCCGGCCUGCUCCUCCCAGCUCCGGCAGCGACCGGCCUUCUCGCCGCCGCUACACCCCCAGCACCCCGCCCUCCGUCCCUCCCCUCCUCCUCCUCGAGCCGCGCCUCAGCGGGCGUUAAUGCGGGAUGAGCGGUACGUAGCCCCCCUCCGCCCCUUCCCUCCCCCGCCGACGCCCCCGCGCGCCUUCCCGCUUCCCCGUCCCCUCUGGGUCCCUCUGUCUCCCCCGGUCUAUCCCUCCCUCUGCCCCUCCUUCUUCCAUCCCCCCUUUCCUUCCCGGCCCUCCCUCCCCGUGCACAUCCAUCCCUCCUUCGUUUCUGUUUCCUCCCAUUUUCCCCUCCCUUGCGCCUCCCUCCUCCUGCCCCUAAAGCAUCCUGGGCCACUCAGUAGCCGUAGAUGCUUUAGGGGCAGGAGGAGGAGGAGGGCUGUGGGUGGUUUUCCGCCGCCACCACCACCCCCCACCCGGCCCGCCUUACAGUCUCCGAGAGCAAGAAACCAAUCAAGCCUCCCCUUUUUUUCUGGGUGUUCGCACGCCAGCCCCCCGUGGGCCGGGUUUCCCAAACCACGUUUUAUUUUAUUUUUAUUUUUUAGGACUCCCUUUUCUGCAGUAAUAAUAAUAUGGGACUGAGUUAAGAAUGGAGGGCUGGCGAGAAUGUCCUGACAGAUUUGCUCCUGGUUGCAGAUUCAAAGUGAACAGCUGUGUCUAAUGGGUUGUGUGUUUGUUUUGUCUUUUGGUAGAUCAAAAGAAGGAGGAAGCUAUGCCCUCAGAGGGAGAGAAAUCUCCUGAGGCUGAAAACAACAACAAUAAGAAAAGCAAAACUGGAGCCUCCCAGGUAAAACAUAGAGGGAAGCGAAGCAAGGCUUAAUUACUUUCAGUUCAUUUCAAGGGAUACUGCCUUGUGGCUUAUAGGAUGGGUACAAGUCUUUAUGGCCUAGACAUGUUUGGGGAAGGGGCAAGUUUUCUUGGAUUUACUCCAGAUGUUUGUGGGGGGGUAUGAAACCUUUGGCUGGAUAAGCUAUUCAUCAUCAUUUGUUCAGUUGUCAUGUUUUCUAGCAUUCUUUAAUACUCAGGAUACUGCUUUUUAGUUUGCAAGUACUAUUUAUCUCCUAAUACACUAUGUCUCUGUUAGGAUUCUCAGCCUUCUCCUCUGGCUCUGCUGGCAGCAACUUGCAGCAAAAUAGGGACUCCUGGUGAGAAUCAAGCAACUGGACAGCAGCUUAUUAUAGAUCCAAGCCAAGGUUUGGUGCAACUUCAAAAUCAGCCACAACAGUUAGAAUUAGUAACGACUCAGCUUGCUGGAAAUGCUUGGCAGCUUGUUGCGGCUGCUGCUGCUCCUCCUACUUCAAAAGAGAACAACAUCCAACAGGCACCUUCUGUUGCUUCUAGUGCAGCAAGUCCCUCCAGUAGUAACAACGGAAAUGCAUCCCCUUCAAAGACGAAGACAAGCAAUUCCUCUACGGCAACUCCAGGACAGUUUCAAGUCAUACAAGUACAGAAUCCAGGAGGUACUGUUCAGUAUCAAGUGAUUCCACAGAUUCAAACGACAGAAGGUCAACAAAUUCAGAUCAAUCCUGCUACUACUACAACUCUACAAGAUUUACAGGGUCAAAUCCAGCUCAUCCCUGCAGGAAAUAAUCAAGCUAUUCUUACAGCUACAAAUAGGACAGCUUCUGGGAAUAUUAUUGCUCAGAACUUGGCAAAUCAAACAGUGCCGGUCCAGAUUAGGCCUGGUGUUUCUAUUCCAUUGCAGCUGCCUAUUGCCGGCACUCAGGCACAAGUUGUAACUUCAUUGCCUAUAAACAUUGGGGGAGUGACUCUAGCAUUACCUGUAAUAAAUGUUGCUGCUAGCGGUAGUACUGGACAGGUUACACAGUCCAGUGAUAGUGGAGUUUCCAAUGGAAAUCAGCUACUGUCCACACCUGUCACAACCGCUGCUGUUAGUACUAUGCCAGAUUCUCCUUCUUCCACUUGCACAACUACUGCCUCCACUUCGCUUACAAGCAGUGAAACUUUAGUAAGUACAGCAGAAACAGGCCGGUAUGCAAACACAGCAACAAGUUCUGAGUCUAGUACUGAAGAACCUCAAACAGCCACAUCAGAAACAGAGACUCAGAACUCUAGUCAGUCUAAUGGAUUGCAAAACGUGCAGGAUCAGACAAACUCACUGCAGCAGGUGCAAAUAGUAGGUCAGCCUAUUCUGCAGCAGAUACAGAUCCAGCAGCCACAGCAGCAGAUCAUUCAGGCUAUUUCUCCACAGUCUUUUCAGCUCCAGUCGGGACAAACUAUUCAGACAAUUCAGCAGCAGCCUUUGCAAAAUGUUCAGUUACAAGCAGUGAGUCCAACUCAAGUUCUCAUAAGAGCACCAACUUUAACCCCAUCAGGACAGAUCAGCUGGCACACAGUACAGGUCCAAAAUCUUCAAAGCCUUUCAAAUCUUCAAGUACAAAAUGCUGGAUUGCCCCAGCAACUAACCAUUACCCCUGUAUCUUCAAGUGGUGGUACUAUAGCUCAAAUUGCACCAGUAGCUGUUGCUGGUACACCAAUAACGCUAAAUGCUGCCCAGAUUGCUUCAGUGCCUAAUCUUCAAACAGUAAGUGUAGCCAACUUGGGUGCUGCAGGUGUUCAAGUGCAAGGAGUUCCAGUCACCAUUACAAGUGUUGCUGGUAAGUGCUGUUAAGAAUAUCCUUUAGUGAUGGUAUUGGUGUAAUGAUAAUAUUUAACUAUGAUAUGGGCAUUUCUGCUUUUAAGUCUCAAUAGCAAAAUAGUAGAUUACCGUAUUUUUUGCACCAUAACACUCACUUUUUUCCUCCUAGAAAGUAAGGGGAAAUGUCUGUGCGUGUUAUGGAGGGAAUGCCUACGGGUGGCAUGCCUACGGAUUUUCCUCCUCUAAAAACUACGUGCGUGUUAUGGUCGGGUGCGUGUUAUAGAGCGAAAAAUACGGUAUAUAUGCUCAACAUUAACAAUGCCUACAAAAUACUGAUUCCUUUUUGCUUGCACUAAAUUGACUGCUGGAACAGAGGGUUCCUGGACCAUCAAGAAUGUGUUUUUGGGUGAUGCAAGAGCCUGGGUUGGAAAUGGGGAAGCCCCAGUGUCCCAGUGUAAAAAGUCCUAGUAUGUGUGUGGAGAACACAAGUGGCACCUUGAGUUUCAGUUAUACGGUAUAAGAAACAGCUUACAGUUUGCACUACUCAAAGUUACAUUGGCUUGUGCUCAACUUUUGUCUUUUACCAACAGUUGUGGUUGGCAGCUCUAAUUAUUCUCAUUAUUUUAGCUGUCUCUUGUGAAUGGAUGAAUAAAUGUGUACACGGUUUAAGUCAUAAAUCACUACUUAAAAGUCUUGAUUACAAUGCCUAAGUUAGAAUGUCCUGCAACUAAAGAAUAAUUGAAUGUAUUAUUACCUGAAUUAAUAUGUACAAUGUGUGUGUUCAUCUAAUGUUGUUCUGAUUCUGUUCAGGAGCCUGGAAAUCACUAUGCAAACUGACUGCUUAUUUGAUUCUCCAAGGAAAAGUUGCAGAUCUUUUUUUAAACCAGCAAAACAGAAAUAUAAAUUAUCUUGUAAGAUGUAGAAACACAUGUGCAAGUUAAUGCCCUGUCAAAAUCAGUUGGAAUUGCAUACGAUACAACUUGUAUGUAGGAUCGUAGUGUCUGAAACUUCGUAGAAUUAGUUAAUUGUUCCUAGUGCAAGAAAAUUGCUAUGGCAAAUAAUAAUUCUACUAGUGAAUGAAAUGAAUUACAGUGGUACCUCGGGUUACAUAUGCUUCAGGUUACAUGCGCUUCAGGUUACACAUGCCGCUAACCCAGAAAUAGUGCUUCAGGUUAAGAACUUUGCUUCAGGAUAAGAACAGAAAUCGGGCUCCGGCGGCGCGGUGGCAGCAGGAGGCCCCAUUAGCUAAACUGGAGCUUCAGGUUAAGAACAGUUUCAGGUUAAGAACGGACCUCCGGAACGAAUUAAGUACGUAACCCGAGGUACCACUGUAAAAGUAUUUCUCGAAACCAUUAUCCCCACCCCACUCUUGAAUAAAGGAAUACUUAAAGAAUUGCUUAAAAGUAGCAUUUCUCUUCAAGUGUGUGAUACCUGAAAUAAACCCCAAAACUUGUUUCACUUUAAGGAUAUUCAGAGAUAAAGCUUGUUCCAUCCUUGCCUUUCCCUUCCCUUGCAUGCAGCAAAAACAAAAACAAAAAAACCAUUUGUGGUUUAUUGGCAAAUAUAGCUGGUCAUGUUGGCAUAAUUAGUCAGGUUACAAUUUGGAAGCUUAUGCAGGGUUAUGAGGGAGAGGCAAGGGAAGGAGGUAGUGCGUAAGCCCAAAGCUCAUGCAAUGGCUUACCAUUGUGUUUCAGUCGUCCCAAUCUAUGUCUAGCAUUUUCCAUAUAACUUGAGUUUUCAUCUGGAGGUUGGGCUCAAUUUUGAUAUGUGUCCUGGAGACUUAAGUAUAUGUUGCGUUCUGACAGGAUGUAGCUGUCAUGUUCUGCUGAAUUUUAUAAAGGGAAGACGAAUAAGUGGUAGUAGAUACUGAAUUGUUUACUUUUAUUUCUCACUGAACCUCCUCCCGAGAUGUUUGUCUUCUGAUGGGCAGGAAUGUAAUUGGGAGGAAAUGUUUUGGGGAUACAUUUAUUUUAAAGGAGCCCCUUUUACUUUCCUAUGCUUUUCAACAGCAUCACUGAAUAACCGCAUCCCUGUUUUAUAGGAAUGUGGCAGCAACCCAUAUUCUGCUUCUGUCAUGUCUAGCUUGCCCCACAAGCUGGAGAAUCUUUGAAAACUGAUCUCUUGCUUUCACCUUAAUUUAUUGGUUGUAUGGAUUUGAUGCCUUGCUGAAUAUGUAUGGUGUGCAUUAUAUAAUACUUAAUAUUUUAUUUACAAUCACAAACCUGGCUCUGCUGUUUCCAGGGCUUUUGCUUUGGCAUAACUGUGCACCAUAACAGUAAGUGAAAAGUAACUGUCUUGAUGUAUGAAGAGAGAAUUGUAGACAAGUUGUACAGAGAUUGUAUAAACAGCUGUUUCCUCCCCGCAGAACUUCAAUAAAACAUUACAAACUUGGUUCUAUAUAAGUUCAUUUGUAGACAUAAGCUGUAAAUUGCAUCCUGGUGUGCCAUGUUGGGACUCCUGGUGUGUAGCUUCAGCGGACCAGGCCUCUUUCAGUACACAUAUUGGUGAUUGCUGCCAGUUCCUUUACUGUCAGCAAUAACUUUCCACUACUUCUCUCUCCCCCCCCCCUUUACUCCCUUGCUAAAACCAUGUAGAUUUAGUCAGAAGUAACAACCUUGGUCUCUCACAUACUUCAUUUUUAAACCAUGGUGGGACCAGUGUUACUGGUUUAGUAAGAGAUGCCCACCUGUAGAAUAAACAUAAGAAGAGCCUGUAGGAUCAGUUCAGCAGCCCAUUUAGUCCAGCAUCCUGUUUUUAGAGUGGGUUUGAAAGUGUCUCUUGAACAUAGAAGAACAUGGAUCCCUUCCAGUCGGGAUUCAGGCCUCAUCAUGGGACUGAAACUGCCUUGGUUGCACUGGUUGAUGAUCUCCGGCGGGCUAGGGACAAAGGUGAGAGCUGCUUCCUAGUUCUGCUGGAUCUCUCAGCGGCGUUUGAUACCAUCGACCAUAACAUCCUUCUGGACCGUCUUGAGGGGCUGGGAGCUGGGGGCACUGUCAUACAGUGGUUCCGCUCCUUCCUCCUGGGCCGUGUUCAGAAAGUGGUGGUGGGGGAUGAGUGUUCAGACCCCUGGGCUCUCACUUGUGGGGUGCCUCAGGGUUCUGUCCUCUCUCCCAUGCUUUUCAAUAUUUACAUGCAGUAGCUGGGAGAGAUCAUCAGGAGGUUUGGGCUGGGUGUUCAUCAGUAUGCGGAUGAUACCCAGCUCUACCUCUCUUUUAAAUCAGAACCAGUGAAGGCGGUGAAGGUCCUGUGUGAGUGUCUGGAGGCGGUUGGUGGAUGGAUGGCGGCUAACAGAUUGAGAUUGAAUCCUGACAAGACAGAAGUACUGUUUUUGGGGGACAGGAGGCAGGCAGGUGUGGAGGAUUCCCUGGUCCUGAGUGGGGUAACUGUGCCCCUGAAGGACCAGGUGCGCAGCCUGGGAGUCAUUUUGGACUCCCAGCUGUCCAUGGAGGCACAGGUCAAAUCUGUGUCCAGGGCAGCUGUUUACCAGCUCCAUCUGGUACGUAGGCUGAGACCCUAUCUGCCUGCGGACUGUCUCGCCAGAGUGGUGCAUGCUCUGGUUAUCUCCCGCUAGACUACUGCAAUGCACUCUACGUGGGGCUACCUUUGAAGGUGACUCGGAAACUACAACUAAUCCAGAAUGCGGCAGCUAGACUGGUGACUGGGGGCGGCCGCCAAGACCACAUAACACCGGUCUUGAAAGACCUACAUUGGCUCCCAGUACGUUUCCGAGCACAAUUCAAAGUGCUGGUGUUGACCUUUAAAGCCCUAAACGGCCUCGGCCCAGUAUACCUGAAGGAGCGUCUCCACCCCCAUCGUUCUGCCCGGACGCUGAGGUCCAGCGCCGAGGGCCUUCUGGCGGUUCCCUCAUUGCGAGAAGCAAAGCUACAGGGAACCAGGCAGAGGGUCUUCUCGGUAGUUGCGCCCGCCCUGUGGAACGCCCUUCCAGCAGAUGUCAAAGCGAUAAACAACUACCUGACAUUCAGAAGACAUCUUAAGGCAGCCCUGUUCAGGGAAGUUUUUAACGUGUGAUAUUUUACUGUAUUCUUGGUUUCUAUGGAAGCCGCCCAGAGUGGCUGGGGAGGCCCAGCCAGAUGGGCGGGGUAUAAAUAAUAAAUUAUUAUUAUUAUUAUUAUUAUUAUUAUUAUUAUCUAGUAAGCGGCCUCUUUUUUGGACAUAAUGACCAUUAUUGUGUUACAGCAUUUCCAUCUUGCCUAGAUAACAUAGGAAGUAGCAAGGUGGCAGUAGAUACUAAUCUCUUAAGGACUCCAUUUAUUACUCUUCAGUAGUGUACAUCAUAUUUAUUAAUGGUGAGGAGUAAGCAACUUUAUGAAUAAGGAUUCCUUAUAUAUUAUGGCCACCAGCCAACACACAUGGCUGGUGGCCAUAAUACAUAGUCCCAUCUUUCAAAUUCAUUACUACAGGGCAAGCACUAGAUAGUUUCAAGUCCUGCCUACACAUUGACAGAAUGAGGUGCUAGGAAGGAUUGUGCAAGUGAAUAACUUUGGUUAAAAUUACCAUAAUAGCUUUACCAAAAAACAAACAAACCCUAAACCUCUAUACAAAUAGAAAACUAGCACAACAGCAAGGAGGCUGGAUUAGAACUUUUCUCCCUAACAGACUAGCUUUCUAUUUGCAUAUGGCAGCAUUAACAAAACCUGGUAUCAUCCAACAGAAUCUGAAGCGAGUCAACUUUUACACCUUGUAAUUCUGCUACCUCAUUAUUCGUAUGUGUAGACGACACUCAAGACUAGCUGACCCCUCAUGGGCUUUCCCACUUUCUACUCACUUAAACUUUUCUUUAUUUUGUGUUUAAGUCCUCUGUUCAAAUUGCAAUGUGAUAUUACAUAUUAUAAUAGAAGGACUAAUUAUGGUUAAUUCAGUGGUGACACAAGCCACUUAAAGUGGUGAAAGUGAUCCAGAAUCAUCUCCUUAUGAAGGGCAAAUCUUCAACUGGAAAUUAUUUGAAACUAAAAGAGAAUUAGCUGAAAGUUGUAGCUAAUUCCCAUGUUUAGCACAGGCGUUCUGUUUCAGAAAAUGACCUUUGUUUAGCUAUUAUCUGUUUACCCAAUUUUAAUUCCCCUUUCCUCAUAUACAUUUCCUGUGCUUUAAGUGUGGAACUUCAGAAAAUUUAAGCAAUCACUGAUGCAAGCAAAUAUCAAAGUUUUAAUCACCACCUUUUAUUACAAAUAUCACUAGGUCUAUACGUGUAUGUUUAACAAGGUUUUCUACUUUGUGCUUAGUAUUUCAGUCCUGAAAGGUUCAUUUUCACUGAUUCAUAUAACUGGGCAUCAGCUUACUUAUGAUUAUUCAUAAACAGAGUACAUAGUAGCUCUACUACUAUUGUUGCUCUAAUUUAAACUUUAAGUCUGUUAAGGAGCUUGUUCUUUCUAUAUAGAUUAAGACAGGACUGUUUCAUUGUUACAUGUUAAUGUUUGUAUAGAUUCUUUUUGUCUGGUUGCUUGCCUUCUGUAACCUAUACUGUUGUCUGAGUUGGAUGACUAUCUUUCUGCCUAUGUACUGAGAAGAAGAGUUACCAUGUAGCUAUUCUUCUGUAAGAAACGUGGAAAACAAGGGGCCUUGGAAUAGUGAAAAGCGCUAAACAUAUAACUUUUAAAAAACAAGCCAUUAAAAAUCUUAUCUGUCUCAGUUUAGAGCCCCAGACUAUAGAACCUAAUUAUUUCAUGUGAGCUCCAUUGACCCUGAGCUGGUUCGCAUUAUAUUGUAAGCCAAACUAUGGUUUACCAAGACUGUAUGGGCUUCUGGAGAGGAGCAUGUUGCCACUUAGCUCCUCCCUGGUCUUUUUUACUGCUGCAGUAAACCAAGGUUUGGCUUAGCAUGUCAUCCAUACUGGAAUGAGUGGUUUUGCUCUCUCCUCACCAUGAGUUGUCACCACACCUUGGUUACAGCUCAUGGUUAGCUUAACCAUGAGUUCCAGUUCAGAUGACCUUGGCUUAGCUCAGUGUGGUGUUACAGUGAAAAACAAAGUUGGAAAUUAUUCUGUGCAAGACUGCUUUUUUAUUUGGUCUCAGUAAGCCAUAGUUUAUUUGCCAUGCUAUUAUCCACACUAAAAAUUCAUUAGCUUUGUACACAGGCACAAAUGCUUGACUUCAAAUUUCUCCCCUUCUUUUUUUCCCUUCCAAAAAUAGUAGCUGUGACAGACCAUAGCAGAAAUAGCAGAAGUUUGCUCUCCUGUGUCAAAGAUACAGCUAGCACUAAAGUUCAGCUACUAUAGGUUAAACUUACAAUCUUUGGGAAACAUUGAGCUCAUAAAUAAAGCUCAUAUCACUGAGGCACUUCUAAAACAGACUGUCUACUGUGUUUAAUAACACAGGCUUUAAAGGCAAUCCCUUGCUACUAUUUAUUAUCCAAGCAGUUACCUAGCUCAUUGAAGCAUUGUUGCUUUCACUGAAGAUAUGUGCACAGUUGGGUUGUACACCAGAACUGGACUUGCUACUGCUGGUUUUCAAUAUUGUAUUUAUACUUCGGGUCACAGCUCAAAUUCUUUAAAUCAGACAUUUUAGCUUGCAGUUGGAAAAAUGUUACAGCUCCAAGUACUCCUUGGCCAAUUAGAUUUUAUUCUUUUCCCAAUGUUUCAUCAAAAAGGCUUUUCAUUUCAGAGCUCUGAGCCUCUGUAAAAGAAUUCCAAAUAGUUUGUAUCCAACCAGGCUGAGUCAAGGGAUGGGUAGACUUGGUAUUGUCAGGUUAUAAAUCUUCAACUGUAGCAUGGGAGCAGCUUUUACAGAUGAGACAUGGUCUCUUGAGUCUCAGCAGUAGGAUAAUAAAUUGUCUCAACAGUACUGGUGCUGUGUUAGAACACUGAAAUGCCAGAUGAGCUGAACAGUUCAAUUACCAGUUUAAUUACACUUUACUUGGAGAAAGGUGCUUACCUUGGUGCCAUAUCUGGUAUACAUUUUGACUUUAGGGGAUACACUUUUCACCAAGUCUUAUAAUGCAUCACUUAAUAUUGACAGAGUAAAGGGCUGCACUAACACACAAUGCUAACUAAAAAAUGUAUGAAUGACUUUAUUAAAAGGUUGGAAUUGUGGCCUGGCCCCACUUUCACACAUUUCCUCAUGUGUUCCAAGUUGUCUGUACAUAAGGCAACUUGCAUAGGGUUCUGAUCACAUCUUUACCUAGAGAGAAUUAUGGUUAAUUUAUACCACUUUUUGACCCAAAGGCUGCAAAGUGGUGAACAGCAUAUUAAUACAAAAUAAACACUAAAAGUAUAAUAAAUCUAUCAUCAAAACAAUGUAAAAAAGCAAAAUCAAGAUACACCCAUACAUCACACUGUAUAUGCGUUAGGAAUGCCAGUUAACCCUGUGGCAAAGAAACAGAAAAAUCAGCAAUCAAGGCACCUCUUAUCUCACACCAAGUGUGUAUAACCCUCCUGUCUCACUCAGGGUGUGGGACUGGACAAGUUACACCAACAGGCUUUCACCCUGGGCCAGAAACCACUACUCUCUCCCACUGUAGUUAACUAGUCAGUAGACAAAAUACUUAUCAGCUGAGUGUUAAUAAUAACCAGAGCCUGGAGGAAAAAAAAGACUUGCCAUAUAAUACUUGUUCCCCUCCUGUCUCCUAUGGGGAGCGGGCAAGAUCCCACAACAGCAGGUGCUCACUGUGAAGCAUCACAACUUCCUUCUCUCUCUGCUACUGUCCCCAGAAACAGGUAAUAAACACUCCACUGUUACAUAAGACCCUAGCUUUGAAAAAGCACCAGAUCAACAAACUCAAAAAGGAGGUGCUGCCAUCACCUUUAGUAUCAUCUUUUCAGGGUUGUCCGGAAAAGGGUGGCCUGCCACACUGAAUACUGAGGGGCCCAGUCUUUGGAAAGAGCCACAGCUGCCCAAAUCUUCCUUGUUUCCGUCCCAGCAAGCUGGGCUUUGUUGCAGCGUGUUUUUCAGCUAGGCAAGCAAGGUUACCAGGAGUGGGCAGGGGGUAGAGUAAUGUUAUAAAUAGAGGCCACACCCAUAAGGGUGAAUGUGCCUAGGCACCGGUGCAGAUGAGAUUUCAAAAGUAGGCUGGUAGUGGGGCCAGUCAGUGCCACUUUCUUCUGUACAGAAUGAAUGUCUUCACAGAAUCAGUUGCUCUUUCAGUUUAUGCCUGUCUUAGGGGAAUCUCAAGAUCUGCCUUGUGAAACAGAUGGCACUAGCUCUAGGUGGUUUCUGGUUUCAGUAUGAAUUAUCAGUGCAGGCACUGAAUUCACUUGGAAAUGAAAACAGAAACAUCCUCGAGUAUCGAAUGCAAGAGCAAAAAUUGACCUGGCUUCUCUUUACUCUCCAAGUAUUGUAUUUCAUGUGCAAAAUGUCAGCAUCAAUAUGAACAAUACCUGUCAUUUCCCAUGAAAAUUGAAUGCUGGAAAGUUUUUAGUCGAUCCUGUUCUGAACAGAUGGAACCAAUCAGAGAUUUGGUGACAGAGUAUGCAUCUGUGGGCAGCACCCAUCACCCAUAUUCUUUCAUGUUAGCUUAAUGUAAUGUAAGCUUGGAGCCAGUGUACUUUAAUAAUGAUAAUAACAAUAAUAACAAUAUUUACUAUGACUUUUAUUUUAUUUGUACCCUGCCCAUCUUACUGGGCUGAAGGAUCACCUUACAUUAUAUAUGCCCACUCAAUUCCUUUGAUUUGCAAGUGCCACAUAAUGUUCUUUCCAUAUUUCCAAGGAAUCAGUCCUUCAGUGUGGUAGCACCUAUUGUCAUGGACAUUAGGCAGGUGCCUGCUAAAAACUGUUUUGUUUAAGCAAGCCUAUACUAUCAAGUUAGGUAAAUUUGACAUGUUUCUUAAUAUAUAAUUUUAUUUUAUAAUGUAAUUUUUAAAACUCCUUUUAUUUAUUUAUUGAAAAUUACAAGGUUAGCUUUUUAACAUGUGAUUUUAUUGCAAAUUUUAAUGUCUAUUUUAUGUAAACUGUUCAGAGGGUUAGAUGAUUAAGCUGUACAGUAUAUAAAUCCUAUUAAAGAAAGAACGAACUAGUUGAAGCCCUUACUAAAGAAAAUGAAAUACUGGAGAGUGAUGGAAACCUAAAUUUUCUAUUUCAAAGAACUAAUCAGUAUAUGACUUGGAAGGUGGUAUUUUUUCUUUUUUGCAGUAAAGGCCUUCAGUCUCAGAAAAGCAUUUUGAAACUAUUUUAGACAAUUGUGGUGGUGAUUUUAAUUCUUAAAUGUAUCAUUCUGAGUUAUAUCUCCCCUAUUUUUAAAUUUAUUUUUAAUGUUAACUUUUUAGUAAAAGCAAAUACAUAUAAUUUCAUAUAAGCUUUUAGAGAUUUAAGCUUUCAUGUGAAGUUUAAAUGUUUCUUUUCUUUUUUGAUAUGGUCUGCAGACUAAUUCAAUACAUGUUAUUGGUCAUUCAAGUUGUUUAGAACCACAUUGCCACUUACAGAAAAACAUGGACCUCUACAUUUGCUCUCGGGACAUGGGUGGCGCUGUGGGUAAAACCUCAGUGCCUAGGGGUUGCCGAUCGCAUGGUCAGCGGUUCGAAUCCCCGCGGCGGGGUGAGCUCCCGUCUUUCAGUCCCAGCUCCUGCCCACCUAGCAGUUCGAAAGCACCCCUAAGUGCAAGUAGAUAAAUAGGUACCGCUUUAUAGCGGGAAGGUAAACGGCGUUUCCGUGUGCUGCGCUGGUGCUGGCUCACCAGAGCAGCUUCGUCACGCUGGCCACGUGACCCGGAAGUGUCUCCGGACAGCCCUGGCCUCUUAAGUGAGAUGGGCGCACAACCCUAGAGUCGGACACGACUGGCCCGUACAGGCAGGGGUACCUUUACCUUUACCUUACAUUUGCUCUGGAGUUUUUGCAGGUGUUAUUCCCAGGGUGAAAAAUGUGGCAGUUAGGUUCAGAGAUAUAAAGGCCUGAAAUAAGCCUGGGGAAAUAGUGGGUGUGUGUGUAAAAAUUGGGUUUUCUGCUUUUCUGUUCACCUUUUUGUAAAUUAUGUUAUUUGUAUGGUAAAUGUAUAUGUAUAUAUGUCAUUCUGCUGGCGUGUUGUAAUGUGCUAUUUGAUUGCUGAUCAUCUUGAAAGUGGUGUGGGUUUCAAUUUCAAAAGGAAGGGCCAGAUAUACUAUGGGGUUGUGUUUGGUUUUUUUAAAAAAAGGAAACCAAAAUUGAUAGACAACUGAGUUUGGGAAAUAUCUUAUAUAUUGGGUAAUAACUUUUCAAAGUAAAGUGAAUAGAAGAUUUAGUACUACUGUAUUUAAACUUGUGCUUUUGUAAGAACUCAGGGUAGGCAACAUCAGUUUACAAAUAAAUCAGUUGUUUGAAUUCAAAAUAUAUGCUUCAAAACACAUGCUUAGUGACAUAGCUCUAGCCAUCUAAAUCCAGUCCAAUAGAAAAGCCUUCUACCAUGUCCAACAUCAGUUGACCAUGAUUUUUGAAUAGACAAUGCUGUGUAUUCAAUCUGAUACUGAGUGUGUUCAGCUUUCAAAGCUUCUUAGUUAGGUCUGUCAGCCCUGUGUGACUUAUUCACAGUAAAAGUUAGCAUCCAUCUAUAUGGUUUGUUUUGAGGAAAGGAUUGACCCAGGUACAAGAGUAAUCUUGUUCUCUUAAACAUAUUUCCUUCAACAUAAAUUCCACUAAAAUAGUAAUUAAUUUCAAGUGAUCAGGGAUCAGGCAGAUUGAGAAAACAGGUUUUUAACAACUUUUUAAAAUGAGGGUGAAAGGAUUCUCUCUUGUCUGUUCAGCCCAAAUUGAAGCCUUCUGAUUCCAGCCUGGUUUGCAGUUGCAAAAUUUGCUCCAGCUUUCUAAAUUGAUCUUCACCAUCAAACCAUAUAUCUUUCAUGUAAUCCCAUACUAAGCUUUGUACCCAAGACAUAUUUCUUUGAGCAUGCCAUGGUCUUAAAGGAUCAUAAAUACUCACCUGAGAGUGAAGUAAUCUCUAGAUGAUCCAUUUUAAACCAAGGACUGUUUCAUAAAUUAUUUGAGGACUCCCCUGCCUUGUCUUCCAAGAAAAAUACUUCUCAGUCAGUCUUGCUCACUAGAAAUAUAAAAAAAGAAACUAGAAUGAUGAGUCUUCCUUCCUCCAACAGAGCACUGGUGAUGACAAAAAAUGAGCCUUUUUUCAGAAUAAGAACAAUUGUACCUUUCCUUUCACAGCAAGAGGCUUUUGGAACAGUGCCCUCACUUUAGGUCUAUUCUGUUUUGCUGUAUUUUCAACAUAAUUCUCUGCCAAACCUACCUGUGAUUGACUAAACUGAACCAGCCCACCAGUAGUGCCGAUAAAAGUCCCCCCUCCCCAUAUGUUGCAAGUCUUGAGUCUGAAAAAUUAGGGGGAGCUGACAAGCACCUGUUAAUUCACAAUAUGUGGCUCAUGGGCCAUAUUCAGUGAAGCAUGCCUUAAGUUGUGCAGGCAUAUUCUGUAUUGACUACAACCAACCUUAGUGACCCAUUUCUUCAAAGUAUCCAUUAAUGUUGAUUUUCACAUGUCAUUCUGAUGAUCAGUCACCAAGUUUGGAGAGAUUCUUCUGGAGUUCUGUUGCAGCCUGCUCUGGAUUUAAUCAUCUUGAAUGCUUUAGUUUUAGCUGAAGCCUCUGGGUAUAGGGUGGUACAGUGGUACCUUGAGUUACAAACGCCUCAGGUUACAAAUGGUUCAGGUUACAAACUCCGCUAACCUUGAAGAGUUACUGCGAGUUGAGAACUUUGCCCCAGGAUGAGAACGGAAAUCGUGUGCUGGCAGCGUAGCGGCAGCAAGAGGCCCCAUUAGCAAAAGCACGCCUCUAGUUAAGAACAGUUUCAGGUUAAGAACAGACCUCCAGAACGAAUUAAGUUCGUAACUAGAGGUACCACUGUAUAUGAAUUCAAUAAAUAAUAAUAAUGAUGAUACCUGCAUAGUUGGCUGUACCAUUUCCCACCUGUUUAUCCAGAUCAUUUACGAAUACGUUUUAGUACAGUGAUACCUUGGGUUACAUACGCUACAGGUUACAUACGCUUCAGGUUACAGACUCCGCUAACCCAGAAAUAGUGCUUCAGGUUAAGAACUUUGCUUCAGGAUGAGAACAGAAAUCGUGCUCCAGCGGCGCAGCAGCAGCAGGAGGCCCCAUUAGCGAAAGUGGUGCUUCAGGUUAAGAACAGUUUCAGGUUAAGUACGGACCUCCGGAACGAAUUAAGUACUUAACCCGAGGUACCACUGUAAUGGGUUUUACUUGCGUCUUGCUUGUGAAAUUAAAACACAGUUCCAUUAGGAAGAUCAAAGGAAAAUGAGUUAUUUUGGAGAACAGUGACUUUAGCAGUACAGUCGUACCUUGGUUUUUGAACAGAAUGCGUUACAGGAGUGCAUUCAAAAACUAAGGUGUGGCUGCACCAGAUGUUCGGCUUCCGAAAAUCGUUAGAAAACCGGAACACUAACUUCUGGGUUUUGAUCGUUCAGGAGCCGAUUUGUUUAGGAGCCGUGAGCUCCUUUGGGAGAAAGAGUGGGAUAUAAAUUCAACCAAUCAGUGUUGGAGAAGAUAGUCCUUCAUAUGAUCCUAUCCUCAAGCCAUGCAAGGCUUUGGUAGUCAUAACCAGCACUUUUAAUUGUGCCCAGAAAUGAACUUUUAGAUGUUCACAAGCCAAUCAAAUGACUUCCUUUAUUGGAAGUAUUCACUAAACUCUAAAACUGCUGCAGCACAUGAGCCUUGUAUUCAACAUUGAAAUUUGAAGCUGAUCCCACUCGUUUCCAUACUGCAGAUUGUAUUUCUGUUCAUAAGUGUCCUGGAGGGAUGAGCAGUGAGCUAGCCAAGUUUGCUGAUGACACCAAAUUGUUCAGGAUGGUAAGAACAAAAGGGAUUGUGAAACACUCCCAAAUGAACUAUGUAAAGGAGUGGAACAGGCAUUAAAAUGGCAAACGCAAUUCAAUGUAAGCAAUUGUAAAGUGGCACACAUUGUUUGCUUAUGUGGUCUGAACUGGUGGUGCCUUGAUGAAAAUGUCAGCCCAAAAAAGCUUUUCUGGAAGGGAGAAAAUUUGGUACACUCCAAGAGAUCUUGAAUCUUCCAGAAAGUUCUGAUGGCUGGCCUUGGAAAUGAGGAAUCCCAUAUUAUUAUUAAAUUACUAUGUUGUUAAAACUGUGUAUCUUGCAUUAUCUACAACUUUUAAGGUGACUUAACAUUAUUAAAUUUACAGAGACCAGUUGAAGAGCAGCAGGUAUAGGCAAAUGCAACAGGUUUUAUGCCCACAAUUUCAUUUAUUUUUACACUGUACUACAGUGUUCAAAACUACCAUUGUUCUAGGCACAUUUUACAACAGGGAAUUUCAUUAGCGUGAGCAGUUUUUGAGCUCUGGGCGCAGUACUGCGCUUAAGAUUUCAGAUUAAAACUGCAGAGUGGAAGGAAAGGAAGACUUUUUUCUGCUUCCCCACUUCCAGCUACUGUCUGAAGACUGGAAAAGAGACCCUCUUAAUAAUAUUAGGGGGGUGGGCAGAGGAAGGACUAGAAGACCAUGUGAAAAAUGAACAUAAUAUUUUAGCUGCAGUUCAUUCAUUUUCAUCUUUGUAUUCUUGUUAUAAAAAAGCUUGCCUAGACAUUCCGUCGUUGUGCCCAUAACCUAGGUUUAAGGUGCCAUUUCACUCCUAGCUUUCAUAUCUCAGUUUCUAACACUGCUGUACUGUACUAGUACCAACUUUUACAGUAGUGACUUCCAACAAUGGAUUCACUGCCCAAAUUGGUAACUAGCUGUAGCCAUUCUGGCAAAGUGCUACCCUGGAUAAGGAAUUCAGCAAUUUUGUGAUCAUGAGUUCUCUCUUAGCGUUUGCAAUUAGUAUAACAUAAUUUGCAAGCCCAACUGUUUCCUUUUAUAUUAAAAAGGUGCUGGGUUUAUUACCUUUUGGGAGAGACAUUUCUUCCAGUCCUAAAGUAUUAUGCAUAUAAAUAAGUGACUUUUCUCCAUCUUAUAUUGGAAUGCAUAUGAUAUUGAAACCAUGUUGUGAUUUUACUGUGAUUAACUAAAGAAGUCACGUGUAUUCUUACUUUACAGGUCAACAACAAGGACAGGAUGGAGGCGUAAAAGUACAGCAAGCUACAUCAACUCCUGUCACUGUAGCAGUAGGAGGCAUCACAAAUGCAGCUAUUGGUGCUGUUAGUCCCGAUCAGAUAAUUCAGGUGCAGUUGCAUGAAGCCCAGCAAGCUUCUGAUCAAGACGUGCAACCUGGCAAAAGGUUAAGAAGAGUUGCUUGUUCAUGCCCUAACUGCAGAGAAGGAGAAGGAAGGUAAUUCCCAUAAUAGCUGUAAAGUGCCAAGCAUCUCAGGGCCAACGGUGAUCCUUUUGCUCUUGCAUUUCUGUUCCUGCUUUGAACACUGAGUAGACAGUUGUUUUAAACAUUUUUUCCCAUCUCAUUAAAAAUCAUUUCCCAAUGAUCUUUAACCUUUUUACAUGCCCACAACAUAUGAAAAAAGUUCCCUCCAUUUCCAACACAAAUCUGGUUCUGCUUUAUACAUCUUAGCCAGUCUACUCGACUGUUCCUGUUGAAACGGGCCAGGAUAAUUUGUUUCAUUCAAUAAUGUUUGCAGCUGACCUGCCAUGACCGUCUCAAGUCACCUUCCCCCGAAAGCAGGUGUUUGUGACUGGGCUGUUGCAAUCUGAUAGGGUUGGGGUUUUUCAGGAGUAGUUAGAUCAAAUUGUUUUUCUUAAUGUGUUUUACAAAAUUGUACUUUGGUUAACCAUUAGUGUUUUGUGCUUGGUAGAAGCAGUAACGAACCAGGAAAAAAGAAGCAACAUAUCUGCCAUAUUGAAGGUUGUGGAAAGGUUUAUGGGAAAACAUCUCAUCUCCGGGCACACCUUCGCUGGCAUACUGGAGAAAGGCCAUUUGUAUGCAAUUGGAUCUUCUGUGGGAAAAGAUUUACAAGGAGUGAUGAACUGCAGAGACAUAGGCGAACCCAUACAGGUCAGUGAAUAGUUUGUACAAAUGUUUUAAAGUGUAUUUUAUAUUUUAUAAUAUACUCAUUGUGCUACAGGUAUAUGCGUUCUCAUUUUUAAAUGACUAUUAAACUUAAAAGUGUUUCUCCUAAUCAGAACCUUGCAUAGGUAAGAAUGCUUUCUUUUAUCUUUCCUUCAUCUUCCAAAACUUAUCUGUCCUGAAUCUUGCAACAUGAAUCAUCCCACAAGUUAUGAGAGAGGUAGAAAAACUUUUCUCUAUCCACUUUUCUGUGCCGCACGGAAUUAAAUAAACUUCUACCUUGUCACUUCUUACACACCUGUCCUCUAAACUAAAAAGUCUCAAACGCUGCUAAAGUCCCAAACUCUGAAACACUUCACCCCCUUGAUCAUUUUGGCUGCCCUUUUUUGAACCUCAAUGCCACUUACUAGGACGAACAGGAGGGGCAAGGCAGCAGCAAGAUUGAGGCAGCUGGGAGAGGCAGAUUGAUUCUGCAGAUGAAUUCACAUGGCUCCAGCCUCACUGCCGUCUCAUCCUCCCUGGUAAGUGACAGUGACACUGUUGCCUGGAGGCUGUUAACAGUUUUCUCCCACCAGCUUAUGUCCAGUGAGAUUACACCUACAGGAGACUUUCUCCUACAGAACACAGUGAUCAGUUGGUUAGAUAAUGGGUGAGAUAAUAUCUUCCGUUUACUACUCCCUUAGACAGCUGGGACCACUGCCUCCUGCAAGGAUGUGUCGACCAUACCCUGGAUCCAGGAAGCUCAUUUGACGGUACAGUGGUACCUCCAGUUACAAAAGGGAUCCGGAGGCCCAGCUGUAUCCCGAAAAUUCUGUAACUGGAGGAAUGCUUCUGCGCACGCAUGCGGCGCUGCAGAGCACUUCUGCGCACGCACACGGCAAACCCACUUCCGGGUUUGCUGCGUUCGCAACCCAAAAGUUACUUUACCCGAAGGUAAGGUAACCUGAGGGUCCACUGUAAUUGAUAUGGACAAUAUCUACCAUGUUAGGCACUCUGAUGGUCUCUUGAAGUUUUCUUAAGAAGUGCAUAUUUUCACAUUCAUGUCUUUGUAGACCAAUGGAAACAUCAUGUAAAAAAGGGGUUUCUUGAAUCUGUACACAAUACUUGCAUAUAUCAGUACACAUUUUUACUGCGAGAAAAGUCACGUGUAAAGGUUUUUAAUUGAUUUCCACAUGAUGAAAGAAAACCGUCCUAAAUCUUGCAGGAAGCUCAUAAAAGUAGCAAUUGCUGCAGAUAGUACUAGCACUUUAAACUAAAUUCAUGUAGGUACACAUGCAUGUACACCAGUUGUUUCGCUGUGUGGUCCCAUAAAUUCAUGCUUCUGGUCUUCAAAAUAAUACUUUUAAAAAGACAAAAUUAAGACAACAUAACAAGUUGAAAUUACCGUACUGUAGCUAUACUGCUGAUUGUAGCUAGAUAAUUGUCCAAUAAUAGAAAAAUUAAUUACUGAACAACUCUUGUUUUGUUUUCCCCCCAAUAGGUGAGAAGAGAUUUGAAUGCCCAGAGUGUUCUAAAAGAUUUAUGCGAAGUGACCAUCUCUCCAAGCACGUCAAAACACACCAGAACAAGAAAGGUGGGGGGACAGCCCUCGCUAUUGUUACCUCAGGUGAAUUGGACCCUUCAGUUACUGAGGUGCUCGGAUCUCCGAGGAUUGUCACAGUUGCAGCCAUUUCUCAAGAUUCAAACCCAGCAACCCCUACUGUUUCAACAAACAUGGAAGAAUUCUGAAGGAACCUUAUUCAAAUGCCUAGAGUUGCACUUAAAUUUACAUACCUUUCAAGAUACGAAAGUGGGCUGGUAAAAGUGUAUUACAGAACAGGAAAUCAUGUAGUCAGUCUUGAUUUCUGUAAGUAUUCCAAGUUGGAGGACUAGCACAGGAAGUGUACUUUGUAUAACAAGAUAAAAAAAAAAUCAAAAAUAAAUACAGGGCCAAUUGUCAUAGAUAAAUUAUGGAUACAGCAGAUGAAGAAAAGAUUGCUUCCACACUGUACUAAUUUAUGUAGCUAUAUCACGAAAAUGAUUUUAAUUGGAUUUUCCUUCUCUUUUCACAUUCUAUGUAAAUGUUUGUUGUAACAACAAACAGUACAAAUAUACAACAGGAUGUCUGUUGGUUAGGGUUGUUUUCACAUGAAUGUCUCUGGAAUUUUCACAGGAAUUUUCUUUGUUCAAACGGCACAACAAAAACGCAUAAUAAUCUAGUAAAGAUGAAAACUUUUUGUUUCUUUUUGGUUUGUGAAACAUAUAGUAAACCUGGCCAUCUUUGGUCAUUUUUAAAAAAUAAUUCAGAUGGCAGCAUGUUACAUGGUUCUGAGGUGCACCUCAGAUAAUUUUGGCCACUACAUUGUAGUAGUGUGUAUAAUGACAAUCAGUAAACACAAAUUAUUCUCUAGGAGAGAUAAAGAGAUCUAUAGAGCCAGUGUAUACUGUAGCAAAUAUUGAAUCUUAGAAAUAUAUUGACAUAAGAUUUUAAUUAAUUUCUAUGUAAAAGUUAAAUAUAGGAACCUAUGUGAUAAGUCCUAUACUUUUAACACAUCCCAUUUCAAGACAUGGGUGAUCCAUUGCUAAGCCUUGGUUAACUUCAUUUAUAAAAAGUGUAAUUUAAAUAUUUAAAUUUUAUUAGAAUACUUGGAAAUGGUGGGAUAUAGGAUAUUGUAGUAGACCUCAUGCACCAAUGUCAACCUUUUGUCAGUAGCAAAUACUGUGGUUAUCAUACUGAGUUCUUUAGACUUUGACAUAACAGCCAAAGAAAUGGAUGAAUACUUUCAACCAAAAAUAUGAAUCUAAAUUAACCUGUUCUGUUUCUUUCAUUUCAAAAACUACUGUCCGGGAUCCAAAAAGCUACUUUUGGCUUGUCCAAAGGCACACUCAGUAAGGUUAUUUGAACUACAGGCCCUUGUGCCUUAUCAGAAAUUCCUUUUGAAAAUCCCCUUGGUAUCAAAAGCAGCUUGCUAUAUGGCAUUGGGGGCUGCUAUUUGAGAGGCUCAAGCCAUAAGUCCCUUUGGAAGCAUAGAGGUAGUUGCAAGCGUUGUGUUGUUUUGGUUUGGUUUUGUUGUUGUUUCUUUUUCUUUCUUUCUUUUUAUCCCAUCAAAAUCUUACAUUCCCCUUCCCCCCCCCCCAGUAGAUAGGCUAGCAAAUAAAAUUAUUUAAAUAUUUUUGUUGGAUCAAUAAUUUUAAUUCUUCAGAAAGAAAACAUAUUUUAAAAAUAUGACUGCUGUAUAUUGGUAGAGGUAAGCUAUUACUUCCUCAGUAUGCAUUUUGUUAAGCCAUUACAGUUAAAAAAGCACCAGUUUGUUUUUUGUCACAGAUUCAGCUGUAGUCACUGACUACUAGUCGCCCUGGACAAAGAUGCAUAUUCCAGAUGAGGCUCACAAUGCAGGGAUAGGGAUGCACUUCCAGAUAAACAGCUGCAUCCAUAUCGGCUACACAUGCAAAUUAUUGUUUUUGUGUGUAGCUCUGUUUUUCUAGAUUGGGGCAUCUGUGCAAAUUUGAGUAUACAACAGAAAUAUGGCCAAAUAUAUUUUGGAAUUUAAAACAUUUCCCAUAGACAUAAAUAUUAUAUUUUGCAAAUCCACCGUUUGGUAAAGAUCACAUGACUUUCUGGCUUUUAUGUUUUUACACCAAAAUAUUUCGAUGAUGGAACUUGCAAGUACAGUGCAAGAAAUUAAUGUGUAUCCUUUAAAAAUUAUGAUUUAUGUUUUUAACCUUAUAUAAACUAUCAGUUUUGUGGCAUUGCAUGCAUUUUUAAAGACAAAGAGCUACCGUUUUGUACUAUGUACACUUAGGGAUGCCCAGUGUAGUGAAAGAGAAGCUGAAAGUCUUUUAUACUUUCCACUUACAUACAUAGUAAAGAAAACAAUUUUACACAUUUCUACACUGUGGUUAUAAGUGAAAGUUUCUUAAACCUUUUGUAGGCAUUUAACAAGUAUUUCCAUUUUAGUUGGGUUUUUAUAUAUUAUUUUGUAUAUUUUAUUUAAAAUAUUUUCAGCUGAUUUUAUCUGGCUUUAAAACCUCAGACUCAAUUUGAUGAUACAUUUAAUACAGAUGACCAUUAAGUAAUGCUAAUUAUUAUUAUUUUUGCAGAUCAGCUGCAGCAUCAAACACAUAUUUUAUCGUUAGGCUUCACAAUCAGUGCUAUAGAAGUAAAGCAAAUAAAAUGUUCUUAAAGAAUCAUGUUUAACUUAGUAUUUUAUUUUGUAAACAGAAGGUAUGAGUGCUCUGCACAGCUGGUAAAUAUUCUUUUUUGCAUAUUUUAUGUAUGCAGAUAGGAAAUGGAAAUUAUUUUUUAAUCUGCAGCAAAUCCCUAUUACAAGUGUAUCAAAAUCUGGUUGGCAUCACAGAAUCUUAAUAUAGAUUAAUCUGUGUUAGCAGGUGCACUUACUAUUCCUGGAAUUGGAAAGGUUUUAAUAAUCUGUUCUGCAUACCAUUCUGAGUCCACUUUUCAGUCUUAGAAGGAUCGUAAAUUUCAAUGUCCUUUAUUUGACUCAGUGGGAUGUAACUUGUAUGUAAUAGGGCACAGAUGUGCAGUAGUAGCUUAUUUAAUGCCACUUCACUGUUCAUUCCCUUUGCCACCAUUACAAGGUUUUGUUUUAUCGUACUUAUCAGUGCAAAGUGUAACUAUCAUGGUAGAACUCCAGUGUUGGAAUAGGUUUUUUCUUUUCUUUUCAAAAUGCUUUCUUGGGAUAGGGUUGUGUAUGUGUUUCCUGAUUACAUUAGAAAUUGGUGUUAAGUCAUUAUUUAUCACACUGUUUCAUGAGAGAAGUAAUAAAAGUGUGUUAUUUAGAAGAAAAGGUUUAUUUGUUAAACUUAGGUAAGCAUGAUGUUUGGGUCCUAUUUUUCAAUUUUAUAACUGUUUUAUUGCAACAAUAUUUGUAUUUAAGUCUCCCAUUUCUAAUGCCUUGUGAUUUUUUUAUGCAUGUCACUAAAUUGUCAUCCCGCAAAAAUUGAUGUGCAGCAUAGGGUGUUAAAUCUACAUAAAGAUUUUGAAACAGAAAAAAAAAUAGUUGGUGGUAAAAUUGUAAAUGUUUUGCAGAAAACCUUAUAAAAAGUUUUGUAGUAAUAUUUCACUUGUAAAUUUUUUUGUAAGAAAAAGAGGGGGGAAGGGGGUGGGGAAGACAAGAAACACCCAUUCUAGAAUCUGCAAAUUAAUUCUGCCAGCAAAGCCUCGAAGGCAUUAAUUUUUACUAUGCUAAUUUGUAUACAUUUUGUGUGUUUUUGUGGAUUUGAAACUAAAAUUGUGUAGACGUUGUUGCCUGCAAUAAUACUUUGCAAGUAACCUAUUAAAAUUCUCUUGAGUUUGAAUGUAUGUUUAUUUU